GGGAACCGCGCAGAACGCCUUAUCUCAGAAAGCAUAUUCACUCAAGUCCCAAGGAGAGCAGUUCCAGACCUAAUACUUCCUUGCUCUGACUGACGCUUUUGUUCCUUGCUUUGCAUGUGGAAGCCUGCGAGACUUGGUGAGAUGAGCCGAAAGCCUCGCAUCAUGAGCCCAUAGAAAGGUCACGUGUAUUUCUUAGGAGCCUGAGAAAUAGACUCGCAUCCUGAGCCCAUAGAAAGGUCACGUGUAUUUCUUAGGCGCCUGAGAAAUAGACUCGCAUCCUGAGCCCAUACAACGGCCACGUGCGUUCCAUUCUGUGUCCUGAUCGCCGUUACGUUGAUCACCGUGAUAUAAUCUCUCUGCAGCACUCUCCGCUAACCUUGCCAUCUCUAUCAGCCGGACGCAACCUCGCGCGCAUUCACGAUAACGCGUAAAUCACGCAUCCUAGUAGGUACGACUAAUGAAGUGUUUCGGACUAGGCGGUAAUCCCACGCGUGAUGACGUGGCAGGGGGGACGACAUCUGCACCCGCAUCCGCCUGUAGCACCCCCUCAGGCCACCCGCCUUCUAAAAGCCGCUUUUUUAACUACCUCGGCUCGCCAACGCACCACCCUCAGAGCCUAACCUCCUCCCCUCGCGCGCCAAUCGCUCCUUCACUAAGCGACGUUCUCGCAGAUGUCACUGUUGAGGAUGACAACCUUUCCUGUUCCCCCUCGUCCCGUACCCAAGACCCCCCCGCCUCCGCCGCGUCAAGAUUCCUCCAGAGAAGAAUCUCCGAGCCGCAUAACCAGCCGCAGUGUGCCGAUUUCCCGUCCCGUACCUCCUCCUCUUCCCGCCAAAAUGUCCCUAGGAGCCUGUCAGGGUCCGUGGCAGGGAUGUCCACCCCGCCUUUGCCGCGAGGAGCGUCUAUUGGGGGCGACUCGGUCGGGACAGGCGGGGAGUCUUUAGACGACGAGCUAGAUGCUGAGGGUAUCGAUGCGCCGUUGGGGCAACGGGGCCGGAGGAGCCACGACAGCGUUUUGGGGUUAGGCAGUCCUGGCGGCUUACGCGCGCCGUCACCGCUCGGUGGGUCGCAGGGGACGUCGCCCGCCGACGGAGUCGGCUCUCCGUCGCCUGUUCGCCCGGCGUCGUCGCACGCGCCGAGGCAGCAGUCGCAGCAGUCCCAGCAGCAGCAGCAGCAGAGGCAGGUUCGACGAAGCCACAGCUCGUCAGCAGUGGGGAGCGCUGCGAAUGCCAGUAACGGCGGCAGCGGCUUCGCUGCCGCCACUCCUGGCGGCGGCGGCAACGCCAGUAACAGCCGGUCCUUUAAUUUUGGUUUUACUCAUAAAGGCUCCAACGGCGGUAACGGCGGCGGUAGCAGCGGUAAUGGCGGGAACAGCAAGGGUUCCUCGACCGUGCAAAUGUUUAGCGGCUCGAACGUGAAUCCGUUCGCGCUGCGGAUCACACAGAGCCUUAACUCGCCUUCUCCCCUCGCAAAGCCCGGGGAGGGUAAGGCUAGCGGUAGCGGCGGCGGCGGAAACGGAACGGCAGCAGCGGCUGCAGCGGCGGGGGGGACGUCGGGGGAAGGGGGAGCGGCGGCGGGGGCGGCGGAGGAUCAGCAGUCUACCAGAGGAGACGCAGCAGCGGGGGGAGGCACCAUAGUCGAUCAAUCCCUCGCUUUAAGCACGCCGAGGCGGCCUCACGACCGUGCGAUGCAGCGCGACCUGACGCUCCUUGACGACGUGCUUCGAAGGUCGGAUCUUCGCGUGUUCUCCUAUCCGGAGUUAAAAUCCGCGACUAAGGGGUUCUCGAGCGAUUUGCUCCUAGGAGCCGGCGGGUUCGGGAAGGUCUUUAAAGGGGUAUUGAAGUCGGGGAGUUCGCAUGGGAGUGCGGCGGCGAGUUCGGCGAGUAGCGCGCUGGAAAGCGCCGCAGCGGCACUUGCGGGAAUCUCAGGUGGGGAGUCGACAGGAGGGGGAGGCGCUGCUGGGGGGUUGAUGAACGGCGGAGGGGUGGGGGAAGGGCGAAGGGCGCUGCAGCAAGACGUGGCGAUCAAGAAGUUGGACGCAAAGAGCCUCCAGGGUCACAAGGAGUGGAUGGUGGAGGUGCGGCUGCUAGGCUGUAUCGACCACCCUAACCUCGUCAAGCUCCUGGGCUUCUGUGCUGAGGGCCACCGCCGUCUCCUAGUCUAUGAAUACCUUCCUAACUCCUCCCUGGACCGGCACCUGUUUGCACCGCUCUCCACCACUGCCGCUGCCGCGGCUACUAACAAUGCUAACAGCCACCACCGGAGCUCGAGCAACCACCAUCAGAGUGUGCAUCCGUCGUCCGCCUCCACCUCCUCGCACUCCUCUCACUCCUCUCACUCCCACUCGCACUCAAAGAAAGCAGUUGCGGCGGUGCUGCCGCCUCUGGACUGGGCGACGCGGCUCAAGGUGGCGCUGGGGACGGCGAGGGGGCUGGCGCACCUGCAUGAGGAGGUGGAAAUACCGAUCAUCUACCGCGAUUUUAAGACAUCCAAUGUGCUUCUAGAUGCGGACUUCUGCCCAAAGCUCUCUGACUUUGGGCUGGCAAGAGAAGGGCCGAUGGGGGAGGAAACCCAUGUGUCGACACAGGUGCGCGGCACGGCAGGGUAUGCUGCCCCAGAGUACAUGAUGACGGGCCGGUUGACACCGAAAAAUGAUGUGUGGGCGUUCGGGGUCGUGCUUCUGGAGCUUCUCACAGGACGGCCUUCCAUCGAUCAACGCCGCCCCUUGCCGGAAAUCAAUAUAGUUCAAUUCGCUCGGCCGUACUUACACAACAGUGCGGAUCUCUCCAAGAUUAUGGAUCCUAGAUUGGGGGACAAGUACCCCAAGCAAGCAGCUGCGAAGGUGGCGGAGUUGGCAAGAUGGUGCCUGGUGAAUGAUCCAUUCAAAAGGCCAAUAAUGAGUGAGGUUGUGCAAGUACUAACCUUUUUAUCUUCCUCACAGUGGCUUAUGUGUUAACUAGCAUUUGUACAAUUUAUUGUUGGGCUGGCGUAAUCCGUUGUUUUUGUUGUAGAGUUUUAUGUAUAUGAAUCUGGCAGCCCACUUGAGAUGUAUUACGU